UAAAUAGAACAGAGGAGAAGGAGGAAGGAGAAGGGCGAGAUAGUAGCAGGAAGCAGCGGUUCCCUCCUCCCCAUCUCUCAGCUGCUGCUCAGUGGACAGACUCGCUGGUUACAAUAGGCAGACCUGCAGGGAAGGAAGGGGGAACUGUUGGAAUCGCUGCAACUGCCUUCUGGGCCACCCACGCCUCGGCGGGCGCAGGCAGGCAGGAUGGUGCCCUCGACUGCCAGCGAGUCCCCGCACCAGCUGCUAGGCCGGCUGCGCUUCCUGAGCGAAGCCAUCGGGUGCCUGACCCGGGCAGAGCCGCUGCCUGCCGCCUUGUGCUACGUGCCCCGCGAGGUGCAGUACAAGAUCUGCAAAGACCCCAGCGCCUCCGGGCCCGCCUCGGCCUCAGGCCGGACCCUACUGUCGGUAUGGGAGAGUCCGAGCAAGGCCGGCCCUGGAGUCGGGUCGGGUUCCGGUGGCAGGAAGGGCCUGGGCAGGGGCACCAUCGAGCUGCGGAAGGGAUCGUGCAUUCGAGCCAGCGGCGAGGAAUAUUGCAACGGGCACGGGCUCUGGGUGAAGCUCACAAGGGAGCAGCUUGAGGAAUACAAGACUGGCUGUGACCUGGAGGAAGGAUGGGUACUCAUGUGUAAGCAUGCAGAUGGUGGGGACAGGCUAGUGCCGGUGGAAUCAAUGGAGAGAAUCCAGAGGCAGCAGCAACUCUUUGGGAUGGACUAUAAGCUUGUAAUCAGAUGGGAGCAGGUGGUGGAUUUAACGUAUUCCCUGCGUCUUGGGGCAAAGCCAAAAAUCAUGGAGCCAGAUGUGGCGGCAGUAGAGAGGCUCCGGUUUGUACCUCCCACAUGGAACUAUGAAUGUGAUGAGGAUCUGGUGCAUUUCCUCUAUGACCACAUUGGCAAGGAAGAUGAAAAUCUGGGCAGCAUCAAGCAAUAUGUGGACAGCAUUGAUGUCUCCUCCUACACGGAAGAAUUCAAUGUUUCAUGCUUGACAGACAACCAUGCAGACACCUACUGGGAGAGUGAUGGGUCCCAGGGUCAGCACUGGGUUCGUCUCAACAUGAAGAAAGGAACCAUUAUCAAGAAACUGUUCCUGACUGUGGACACAACUGAUGAGAAUUUCAUGCCCAAGAGGGUGGCUGUGUAUGGUGGCGAGGGUGAUAAUCUGAAGAAGCUGAGUGACGUGGGCAUUGAUGAGAGCUACAUCGGGGAUGUGUGUGUGCUGGAAGACAUGACUGCUCACUUGCCUGUCAUUGAAAUCCGCAUUGUGGAAUGCAGAGACGAUGGGAUUGAUGUUCGACUCCGGGGCAUAAAGAUCAAAUCUUCUCGGCAACGGGAACUGGGACUCAAUGCGGACAUGUUUCAGCCAGCCAACCUGGUGAGGUACCCUCGCCUGGAGGGGAGAGACCCUGAUGUCCUCUACCGGCGAGCUGUAAUCAUCCAGAGGUUUAUCAAGAUCUUGGAUAGUGUUCUUCAUCACCUUGUUCCAGCCUGGGACUACACACUCGGCACCUUCAACCAGCUCAAGCAUAUCAAGCAGUUCCUCUUGCUGUCCAAACGACGCACAGCACUAAUCACCCAGUGCCUCAAAGACUCUGAGACUAGUAAGCCCAACUUCAUGCCACGGCUCUACAUCAACCGUCGCCUGGCCAUGGAGCAUCGUGACAAUCCAGCACUUGACCCCAGCUGCAAAAAUACUGUCUUCACACAGGUGUACGAGGGACUGAAACCUUCUGAUAAGUAUGAGAAACCACUGGAUUAUAGGUGGCCGCUGCGUUACGACCAGUGGUGGGAGUGUAAAUUCAUUGCUGAGGGCAUCAUUGAUCAGGGUGGUGGUUUCCGGGACAGCAUUGCUGAUAUGUCUGAGGAGUUGUGUCCUAGUUCAGCUGAAACCCCUGUGCCACUGCCUUUUUUUGUCCGCACAUCCAACCAGGGCAGUGGUACUGGAGAGGCCCGAGACAUGUAUGUCCCCAACCCAUCCUGUAAAGAGUUCACCAAAUAUGAGUGGAUUGGGCAGAUCAUGGGAGCAGCCUUACGUGGCAAGGAGUUCCUGGUUCUGGCCCUGCCUGGCUUUGUCUGGAAGCAACUAACAGGGGAGGAAGUGAGCUGGAGUAAGGACUUCCCUGCUGUUGACUCUGUGCUGGUGAAGCUUCUGGAGAUGAUGGAAGGAAUGGACAAAGAGACCUUUGAGUUCAAGUUUGGGAAUGAGCUGACUUAUACCACUGUGCUGAGUGACCAGCGCAUGGUGGAGCUUAUCCCUGGUGGAACUCGCACUGUGGUGCACCGUGAGGACCGCCUGGAUUUCAUCCACCUGGUACAGAAGGCACGGCUAGAUGAGAGCAAGGAGCAGAUUGCAGCCAUGCAGGCUGGACUUCUGAAGGUAGUGCCACAGGCAGUAUUGGAUCUGCUCACUUGGCAGGAACUAGAGAAGAAGGUCUGUGGUGACCCUGAAGUUACUGUUGAGGCCCUGAAGAAGCUCACUCGCUUUGAAGAUUUUGAACCAUCAGAUACUAGAAUUCAGUACUUCUGGGAGGCCUUGAACAACUUUACAAAUGAGGAUCGCAGUCGGUUCCUCAGGUUUGUUACUGGAAGAAGCCGACUUCCUGCUCGAAUUUAUAUAUAUCCUGACAAAUUAGGCUCUGAGACCACUGAUGCACUUCCUGAAUCUUCCACCUGCUCCAGCACACUUUUUUUGCCAAAUUAUGCCUCGGCCAAGGUCUGUGAAGAAAAGUUGCGUUAUGCAGCUUAUAACUGUGUGGCUAUUGACACAGAUAUGAGCCCAUGGGAGGAGUGAUUCUACAUUAGAGUCAUGACAACCACUUAUUCUGCCUUUUGUAGUUAACUACAUGCAAGAAUCUCUUACUGUCUUUUCAUCAUGCCUCAUCUUCCAGGAAGCAUGCAUGUAUAUAUAAUAAAUUACUAAGUGUGCAGGCUGCAUUGUAUUGAUAAGCAAAUAAAAGUGCAAAAUUGAGAACUUGGACCUUUGGAUUUUAAAAGAAUGGGGAUAAAUAAUAAAAUGGGAAUGGUGAAUUACUCUUUUCAUUUCUAACACAAAUUGUAAGAGCCUGGACAACUGGAUGCAUGAUUCUAGAAUCCAAUAAUUCUGGCUUCUUUCUCUGAAAAUAUCUCCAGUAAGAAAUGUAGACAGUUGCAAAAUAUAUUUUGUUGAUAAUUACAUUUUGACUGACAUAUUUUGGAAUACUCAUAAUUCUGUUCUUAACCUGCUUACAUUUUCACUCUUGUUCCCUCCUGUUAGGCCGCAGUCCUAAACACACUUAAUUGGGAGCAAAUUAUAUGGAACCCAAUGGGGCUUACUUCUCAGUAGCUAUUUGUAGGAUUGUUCUAUUAAUCUUUAGAAAAAUCUGAGGGCCACAGAUAAAUUAUAAGUUCCUGAGGAGAAGUCAUGUUAGGUUUUUUUGCAGCAAAAACAACAAAGUAGUUUAUAGCACUGUAAAAACGAACAAAUUUGUUAUAGGAUGAGCUUUCAUAGACUACAGUCCACUUCAUCAGAUGAAUUAGGUGUAUAUACACAUGGUUUGGGGAGUAAGGGUUGUAAGUAAAUGCAGUAAAGUACAGACAGUGAUAAUUAUGUACUUAACAGCUUUUUUAAUUACCAGUGUUCUUAAUGACACAGGCAUGCUGGUAUUAGUAAACCAGUGAACAUGCAUAAUGUGCAAAAAAUCAGUUCAAUCUAUAAGUGAUAUCAAUGCAAAAUUUAAAUGCUAAAUUAUAUAGUCCCUCCCUUCAUUACAUAACAGUAUUGUUAAUUACUUCAUUCUCAGGGAACAGUAAAGGCUCCUCUUGUCAGUAGAGAUUCUCAUGCCCCUGAACUAGAGGGCAAAUUUUCAAUACUCUCUCCUAACAUUACUGCCAAAUCUUCGUGACGCUUGCAGGUUGCUUUUCACUUAGUAGUUGCAGUGAUCAAGUCUACCCACCAGUGGGCAGUAUGGAACCAUAAUUAAAGAGAUGUUCUUUCCAA